AACCGGCAUGAUUGACUCGUCGCCGCUGCUUUAUAUUAGUUUUUCAUUAAAAAGAAGCUCCUACAAUCCAACGAUGCACAUCGCAGUGCCUUUGUUGAUUUGUUUGAAUUCGUAAAACGUGAUAUCCUCGAGGUAAAGGUUUCACAUGUGGGCAUGCGACGGGAAAGUGGGUGAAGAAGACCUCUACAUCCAGACGCACUCUGCACCAGCAGACGAGCGAGAGAGAGCGCGUUGAUCGAGCUGACCGGGCCUUCCGUAGAGUAGGACAGUUUCCCUUCUAAUUAAGCCUGCCCUGCUCCUCCACUUUAAGAGGACUGAACUGCAGUCGUGUCAAAUCAACAGAUGCAUCUUGUUACAAUUUAGCUAUGCAUGAAAGACCGCCCAACAGGUACCUGAGAAGAGAAGAGAAGAGAAUGCUACUCUAUGAAUAUGAGCGGCUAAAUUGUUGAGUGGUUGCAAGAGAUGGUGAGGGGAAGGCGCCAGAUUCCGGCGUUUGGCAACUGGGAUUAUUCCGACGGUCUGCCCAUCACUCAGCGCUUUGAAUCAACAGAUGGAGAGCUUGUCCAGUAUGAAGCAGCGGCAGCCCCGGUGAAACCCGUCGUCUGCCAAAAGAAGGAAGGACGUGGGGAAGAGGGGAAGCAGCGAGCGUGUGAAGCGAGAGUGGCGACAGAGAGGAUGCCUAGGAGAGCUCCCAAGGCCGUGGACGAGGAUCUCUACAAGAUCCCACCUGAGCUCAUCUGCCGAAAGCCAAAGAGGUGGACGCAGAAUUGGAGGCUGUGGCCACCUUGUCUGGGCCUCAGCUGUGUUGCCUAGCAGAUUUGUAUGACGAGUGUCAUGAUCGUUUCUUGCUUCUGCAUUCAGUUUGCUGUACGUCAGACAGUCAUUUCAUCUCGACAGCAGGGAGGAACAUCUCUUUGGUGUAUUUUGCUAUAGUGGUGGUGUUGGUUUUCCCUGUGACUUCCCCAAUUAUUUAAACGUGUACUGGAACUCUUUGAUCUUUUUCUCUGAUUAAGCGCCAGUUUUCUCUUGCAA